CUCCAUGUUUUGGGGAAGUCACAUUUUGACAGCGGAAGACACCGAAUAACCACAGUGAUACUUGACAGAUACGCACCGUUUUACGAGUCUCUCCACCAUCAGAAAUUGGCUCCCACGCGCAGACGAAGGCGACAUUUAUUCGUGCACGGUACAACACUGUGUCAUAGAGUUCUAUAGCAUUGGCAACAUUCAUCGAGGAGGAUGCGCUGGUUACAAGUUCACUAUUUCUCUUUGAGACUGCCUCGGCUUUGUUACAAAACAACUCGGCUACUAGUGGAUUAGAACUAGUUGGAAUCCCCGAUGAGAACUUUGUCUACAUCGAGAUGUCGUCGUUCGUGAGCCAGCAUCACAUGGAUUGUCUCGCAUGAGCCACUGUGGGACUGGGCUCCAUCCUAUCGGAGAAUAAUGAGAAAGAUCAAAGUGGGACGACUUUUUCUGGCAACGUGCCUCGGAUCCUUUUUCUUUCUUAUAUUAUAUUUUCAGAACAGCUCUAGAUCUGUGGUUACUCUGGCUGGGCCGAGACGAAACUUCACUGGAAAGUCCCGGAGAAGCCCUUUGCAGACGCUCUAUGACAAUGACCAGCUGGAGCAGUCAGCGUUGCAGGCGUCCCUGCUGGGCCGGCGUCAGCUGCUCGAGGAGGUCUGCCGCUCGUACACCCGCAAGCGGCGCGUGCUGACGCCCGAGGACUUGCGCCACCUGGUGGUGGACGACGAGCACGGCCUGCUGUACUGCUACGUGCCCAAGGUGGCCUGCACCAACUGGAAGCGCGUGCUCAUGGUGCUGACAGGAAGGGGGCGCUACAGGGACCCCUUAGCUAUCCCGGCCAACGAGGCCCACGUGCCGGGGAACCUGCGCACGCUCUCCGAGUACUCCCCCGCCGAGAUCAACCGGCGUCUCCGGAGCUACCUGAAGUUCAUCUUCGUCCGCGAACCGUUCGAGCGGCUGGUGUCGGCCUACCGCAACAAGUUCACGCGCAAGUACAACACGGCCUUCCACCGGCGCUACGGCACCAAGAUCGUGGAGCGGCACCGCGUGAACCCCAAGGCCAGCUCGCUGGUGCGCGGCGACGACGUCACCUUCGAGGAGUUCGUCUACUACCUGGUGGACCCCAGGACGCAGCGCGAGGAGCCCUUCAACGAGCACUGGGAGCGGGUGCACUCGCUCUGCCACCCGUGCCUCAUCCACUACGACGUGGUGGGCAAGUACGAGACGCUGGCGCAGGACUCGCAGUACCUGCUGAAGCUGGCCGGGGUGGACUCCAUGGUGCGCUUCCCCACGUCGGCCAAGACCACACGCACCAACGGGGACAUGGCCGCUAAGUACUUUGAGAACAUAAGCCCCUUCUACAAGAAAAAACUCUUUAAUCUCUACAGGAUGGACUUCCUACUUUUUAACUAUUCCACACCAGCUUACUUGAAUUCGAGGUGAGGAUGAGGAUGGAUGUGAGGAUGGAUGGAUGGGUACAUUGACAGUGAAUGUCAGUAAUGUUUACUUCUUUCUUUGUGAAUGUUUGUUUUUUUUGUGCUUUUGUACUGAUUUUGAGGUCUCAGACGUGCCCUGAAUGCAAAGACUUUGGCAGGAAAUGGCGAAACAAAAGAGUUGCUCAAUGGAGCAUCUCUACUGUGAAAAACAACACAGCCGUUGUGAAAAAACAACCGUUGUGAGUACAUUGACUCCCGACUGUUGAGAUUGCAACAUGAGGCCUCACAAAACGGCGUCUCUUUUGUGGUGUCAAAGUGCCUUAUUAUGUGUCAGUUGAAUGUGGAGAAGGAAGACUCCUCUCUCUAAAAAAAAGGGAAAACGCAGUCACACAGCUUUCUUUCCAGCUUUGUUCCAUGCAUGUUGCAUAACUUCAUAUUUAUUCUGUCAAGCAUAUUUAUUGCUAAUUAAUGUGUGGAAAGAUUAAGUGAAGCCAUGCCAUGGCAUCUCAUAAUUCAGUUUUAAUGAAAGCAAUGUGGACCAGUAAGCAUUUCGAACAACAUUUUCUCCCUAAAAUGUACUCUGCUUUUCCUGUCGACUACUUGAAGAUAAAUAAAACACCAGCAAAAUUGCGAAGGAACUGGA